AUGGAAAAUAAAGAAAUUCGUUUAAUUUAUUUAUAUGAGUUCAAACUCGGUCAUAGUGCGGCCGAGGCAACGCGAAACAUUAAUACUGCUUUUGGCGAAGGUUCUGCCAGUGAAAGGACGACGAGGCGUUGGUUCAAAAAGUUUCGGUCUGGAGACACAAAUCUCGACACUUUAUCUCGCGGGCAUGCACCCACUGUCAUUGACGACGCUGUUUUAAUGAAUACGAUUGAAGCAAAUCCGAGAACAACGGUUCGAGAAAUUGCAGGAAGACUCAGUAUCCAUCAUUCAACUGUCGUUCGACAUUUGAAAGCCAUGGGAAAAGUAAAAAAGUUGGAUAAAUGGGUUCCCUAUGAACUGACAGAAAAGGACAAGAUGAAAUAUUUAGACCACACAUCGCGAAAAAAACCGUAA